AUGCCACGGAAAAAUUCGUUGUGCCCAAGUGAAGACUCGCGAUGCUCACUUGCUAAUUCAUCAGAAAAUGCAGCCUGCUCACAUACUGUUCCAUGUGAUCCAAUUAAGAGUCCAGUUCCUCCAGUGCCUGCUGAAUAUUCUGAUGCUGAUGAUCCCGAUGAAAUUAUAUUUGAUGGAGUGACAGCAUCGACGCCUCUUCCACCGACUAACAACGAUAACGAUACCAACAAUGAUAACAACAUGGUGACUGCAAAAAAUGAUGUUGCAAAACGAAUUGGUAAGGAACUAAAAAUAUUUUUUUUGAUUUCAUGGAUCCGUAAUACCAUCCUAUAG